AGGAGAGGAAUACGGGCUAGAAGUAGUUAAGUGGUGAUGUGAUGAGUCUCGCUCCUACCCGGGUCAUGGCUGCGGCUGCCUCCCCGGGGCUGUGCGGGAUCUGCCUUCUCCUGCUGGUCACGCUGCUUCCGAACGCUGCUGGUACUUCAUGCUGUUUUCAGGCUAAGGAUAACUCUGUGUGUCGUGAGGUGUGUGAACAGAUUUUGACUUCAAAAAGUGAAUCCCGUCUGAAACACCUGCUGCAAAGGGCACCAGAUUACUGUCCACAAUCAAUGACAGAAGUAUGGACCUGCAUGAAUUCCUCAUUGCCUGGUGUAUCUAAGAAAUCAGAUGCCUGGGUUGGCCUUGGUUGCUGUGAGCUAGCAAUAGCGGUGGAAUGCCGCCGAGCCUGUAAACAGGCAUCUUCAACAAAUGAUAUAUCAAAGGUUUGCAGGAAACAGUAUGAGACUGCACUUCUUAGCUGCAUUAAUAGAAAUGAAAUGGGAUCAGUUUGCUGUAGCUAUGCUGGUCGUCAUACAAACUGCCGGGAGUACUGCCAAGCCAUAUUCCGUACAGAUUCCUCGCCAGGACCAUCACAGAUCAAAGCGGUAGAAAAUUACUGUGCUUCCAUCAGUCCAACACUAGUGCAGUGCGUUAAUAACUACACUCAGUCAUACCCAAUGAGAAAUCCCAUUGACAGCUUAUACUGCUGUGAUAGGGCAGAGGAUCAUAGCUGCCAGGCAGCUUGCAAAAGGAUUCUAAUGUCUAAGAAGACAGAGACUGAGAUUGUGGACAGCCUUAUUGAAGGGUGUAAAACAAUGCCCCUUCCCCAGGAUCCUCUCUGGCAGUGCUUCCUGGAGAGUUCAAGGUCUGCUCAUCCAGGGGCUACUGUAGCUCCUCCACCUUCAACAGGACUUGAUGGAGCCAAGUUACAUUGCUGUUCAAAAGCAAGCUCGUCAGUAUGUAGGGAACUGUGCACUAAAUUAUACAGCACAAGCUGGGGAAACACCCAUAGCUGGCAAGACUUCGAUAGCAUCUGUGAAUAUAAUCCAUUGGAGGUGUCGAUGUUAACUUGCCUUGCAGAUGUGAGGGAACCAUGUCAGCUGGGCUGUCGGAAUCUCACUUACUGUACCAACUUUAAUAACAGACCAACAGAACUAUUCCGAAGUUGCAAUGCUCAAUCCGACAUGGGUGCAUUAAAUGAUAUGAAACUCUGGGAGAAAGGAAGCAUCAAAAUGCCAUUCAUGAACAUUCCCGUCCUCGAUAUUAGGAAAUGUCAUCCUGAAAUGUGGAAAGCAAUUGCUUGCUCUCUCCAGAUUAAACCAUGCCACAGUAAAUCAAGAGGAAGUGUCAUUUGCAAAACAGAUUGUGUGGAAAUACUCAAAAACUGUGGGGAUCAUAGUAAAUUUCCAGACAGUCACACUGCAGAAAGCAUCUGUGAACAGCUUUCUUCUACGGAUAAACCAGAAGACUGCAUCCCGUUGUACAUCUAUUUGCGAUCAAGUCCAUUGGAUAAUACUGUAGAGGAAGUUACACAUCCUUGCAAUCCAAAUCCUUGUCCAGCAUAUCAAUUAUGUGAGGUGAAUAGAAAAGGUUGUCUUCCCGGGGAGCCCUGCCUUCCAUAUUUUUGUACUCAAGGUUGCAAAUUAGGUGAAGCAUCAGAUUUCCUAGUGCGCCAAGGGGAGCUUAUUCAGGUGCCUUCAGGAGACGUGGGCUGUUAUAAAAUUUGUACUUGUGGGCAGAGUGGGAUACUGGAGAACUGUAUGGAAAUACAAUGUGUAGACAUUCAAAAAUCAUGUAUUGCUGGAGGACAAAGAAAAAAUCACGGGACAUCUUUUAAAAUUGACUGCAAUAUCUGUUCAUGUGUUGCUGGCACACUUAGGUGUUCCAAUCGUCAGUGUCUUAAUGAAUUAAGCUCUGAAGAUGACCGAACUCUGUUUACAGGGUUGCCUUGUAACUGUGCUGAUCAGUUUGUUCCUGUGUGUGGGCAGAAUGGGCGAACGUAUCCAAGUGCUUGUAUAGCACGAUGUGUUGGAUUAUUGGAUCACCAUUUUGAAUUUGGACAGUGUUCUUCAAAGGAUCCAUGUAAUCCCAACCCCUGUCCAAGAAGCCAGAGAUGUAUUGUCAAACGGCAAGUUUGCUUGACCAGCUUUGAGAAGUUUGGAUGCCCCCAGUUUGAAUGUAUCUCUCGGCAACUUAAGUGUGACUAUUCUCAAGACCCUGUUUGUGAUACUGAAAAUGCGGAACAUGGAAACCUUUGCACUUUGUAUCAACGAGGAAAGCAGCUUUCUUAUAAGGGAUCAUGUCAGCCUUUCUGCAAAUCUGUUGAACCAGUUUGUGGACAUAACGGAGAAACCUACAAUCAUUUAUGCAACGCCUACUCUGAUCGUGUUGCUGUGGAUUACUAUGGUGGUUGUCAAGAUGUUGGUGUCUUCUCACACCAUAAUCUACACACAGAAUGUUCAUCUGUUCAGUGCCCCCAUAUUCCUGUAGAAGGUUAUAAAUUAGUUACACCUCCAGGAGCGUGCUGCCCAUUGUGUGCUGGUGUUUUAAGGAUUUUAUUUGACAAAGACAAAUUAGACAUCUUUGCCAAGGCAACAAGUAAAAUGCCAAUAACUGUCCUUGACAUACUUCAAAAAAUCCGUCUGCACGUCUCUGUCCCACAGUGUGAUGUAUUUGGGUAUUUAAGCAUGGAAUCAGAGUUGAUUGUUCUUAUUGUACCUGUUGAUAGUCACCCAAAAUCAAUACAGAUUGAUGCAUGCAAUAAAGAAGCAGAGAAGAUAAAUUCUCUUAUAAAUACCGACAGCCCAACACUGGCAUCUCAAGUACCCCUGUCAGCCCUCAUCACAUCAGAAGUGGAAGUAUCUUCCCCAUUAAAGUCUGGCUGUAACCGAAUAAGUGCUACUCUGUGUUAUAUAUAUUUAUGCGUUGCAAUUUCUUAUGCAUUCUUUCAUUCAUAGAAUGCCUACAUUUAAAACAUGCACACUUUGCUAGGUAUUAAUAAAAAGUGUGGUAGUAUGUACUAAUCAUUAUUUGUAUAGAAAUUCAACAGUGCCUUUUUAUUUAUUUAUUAUUUAAAAAAAAAAAAAAAAAGCAAUAUGCAUGGAUCAUUGUGGAUGUCAUUUACCCGCCGCCCAUUUUUAAAAAUAUAUGUUCUUGUUUGAAGAUUUGUUGGUAUUUUUGCAAGCAAUUCUUCAAAACACUUCCUUUGCAAUUUAACUCUUUAUCAUUCUUUCUCAGCUAACCCUCAUCAUCACUCUGUCUUUAUAUAGAGGUGAUCAGAGAUGGACAGAUACGGGCGUUGUUUGUAUUUAUAAGUAAACUCAUAAAUUAAUAUACAGUGUGCAUUGUAUGUAUAUAUAUAUUUCCCACACAUAAAUAUAUAUAUAUAU